GGUCGACUCAAUCACCAUAAGCGCAGUUUGUUUAGCGUAGGCUGAUUGUAAUUGUAGAAUAUAAUUCUUGUAAUCAGAAUUGCAUUUUGGCUGCUGAAAUUCAGAGUCGAGGCAAGGUCGAUCUUCGAAGUACAUAAAUACCUACCUCAACCUAUUGAAGUAUUGAUGAUCUUCGAACAUUUUCAAUCAACAUUUGCAUUGACAUUAAAGUUACAAAGAAAUACUUGUGGGACUUUAGAAGACAGCAAAAAUGGUUCAACUAAACCUUGAUGCAGUAAAGGAGCCCAAGGGCUUCAUGAAGGUCCUUCAAUUUUUUUUCGCGAUUCUGGCGUUCGCGACCACUACCAGUUUCUCUACGUACUUCACAUUUCACGCCAGCAUCAAGCCGCCGUGCAACGACACUGGCGCUACCGUGGUGCGACAGGAGGUCAGCUACCCGUUCAGGCUGGACACCGUGAUACAAGAGAAGCAGCUGUGCACCCAGCCGGCAGUCGAAGGCCGGUUCCACUUUCAGACGGACACCUCAUCGGACGCCGAGUUUUUCGUGGCCAUCGGCGUCAUCUGCAUGCUGUACUCGAUGGCCGCGCUGGCCGGAUACACCCUAUACGGAGAGCGCUACUCGGAGAGCGACUCGCUCCCCACCGCGGAUUUCCUGCUUCACGGCCUGCUGGCCUUCCUGUGGCUGUGCGCCGCCUCGGCGUGGGCGGCCGGCGCCGGCACCCUAAAGGACGGCUGCAACCCAGAGGUCUGGAUGGACCAGGUGUGCAAGGGCAACGUCACCUGCACAUUCGAGAGCGGCGACUUCAAGGGCUCCUUCGGAAAGCUGAAUAUCUCACUGCUGUUUGGUUUCCUGAACACGUUCCUGUGGGCGUCCAACAUGUGGUUCCUCUACAAGGAGACGCCGUGGUUCCGGGGUAACCAGCAGGCCGCCCCGCCCGCCGGCGACGUCGGUAACAUCUAGUGGGUCCGCCGAAGCACGGAGACGCGUCUACUCACCGACCAGCGGGGCCCGCCCGACUGGCGGGGUUCGUUUCUGGAGCGGUGCUGGGCAGUGAGAGGUGCCGUGAGGUGAGCUGUGCCCAGGAAGCUACCCGAGGCGCGCUGUGUGUUAACCGAGGGCUUACGUUUGCCGGCUGGGUGGUCGGAGGACGCGACAGUGGAGCCAAGUGACGACGAGUGGCUGGGACCGUACUAACGGUGUAGGGCUUGAGGGAUGCGUCUCGUUAAAAUUUGAUCGGAAAAUGUCCGGAAAGUGAUUCAUAUCCACAGUCAGUCUUGUGCGCGUUAUGGGAUUGCCGUGUCCCCGCGCACUCAGUUCGGUUAAGUUAUUAUUACGAAGACAACCGCGGUGUUCGGUGGGUGUUGUGGGGUGUCGUCUAGUGCCGUGCCUGCAGUGAAAAGGUUGAAAGUGUUAUUUUGUUACAGCUGAAAAUUUGUGUAUCGGUGUUGGCGCUCCGUGUAGAUGCAAUCCGUGCGCACAUCUUGUGUCCGAUGCCGCGCACGGAGCUUCUCAUAAUCGACGCGUGGUGUGUUUCAAACUUGCUGUGCGUGCCACUUCCAUAUUUGUGAGCUUUCGGGUUGGGUAUUUUGGCUUUUCUCAUGGCCAGAGUCUAGUCUGCUGGGAAUCUAUUCAUUUCAGCAGUAUCGUAAUCGUCAGGAUCUGUACAUUGCUGCGAACAAAUAGUCAACGUAGCACGAUGUAACACAAGGGCUUUGCAUAAACUGUAACUGCCACUGAGCGAUUGUUUGUGGGCGUUGUUGUUCGUUUGGAACCGGGCUGUCCCCGCCUAUGUCCCUAUUCGUGGUGUGCUACGGGAAACGUCCAAUAACCAGUGCCAGUGUUGAGCAAAAUGUAACGCCACAUUGACUAUAUUAGCCCGUACCUACUACUGAGUAUAAUAAACGCUAUUUUCGUGCCA